GUUCAUUUCCUUUUCGAGCGUCAAGGUGAGAGGUUCUGUUUUCAUUUUCAUUCUUUUUCUUUGCUCUUUUUUUCCCUUAUCCUUGAAUCAUUUAUCAAUGAUUCGUUUCACGUUAAGAAAAAGAUCCAAUAGAGAGUUCGAUGAGGUAUUUAAUAUUAUUAUUUCGUUGCUUUGUAAAUUUCAUCAUUGGUACGACGAAUUUAGUGAGAAUGACUGAAUCAAAAUCAAUUAUUUUAAUGGGCCACGUGGCUAAAAGUCUAACGCAAGAAGAAGUCGAUAUGAUGAAAGCCCAAAAUUCUCGAAUGGUAUCGGAAUUUCGUGCUAAUCAACUCGAGAGAGAAGCUAAAAAACAUUGGGAUCUUUUUUACAAACGUAAUGCAAAUAGAUUUUUUAAAGAUCGUCACUGGACGACAAGAGAAUUCGACGAAUUGUUGGGUUUGGGUUUGGCCGAGAACGAAAACGUUCUUUUUGAGAUAGGCUGUGGGGUUGGCAAUUUGAUUUAUCCAUUGUUGGAAGAUGGAUUGAAAUUUAAAAAGAUAUUCGCAUGUGAUUUAUCGACAAAUGCCGUAGAAUUGACAAAGAGUCAUUCGUUGUAUGAUUCGGAAAAAAUGAAGGCUUUUCAAACGGACAUUACAACGGAUGAUUGUUUCUCUGAAAUAGAUUGUCCUGUUAACGCGGCAACAUUGAUUUUUGUUCUAUCAUCUGUACAUCCUCAAAAUUAUAAAAUGGUUGCACGAAAUAUUUAUAAUGUACUUGAUAACAAAGGAGUAUUGCUCUUUCGUGAUUAUGGUUUAUACGAUAUGGCUCAAUUGAGAUUCAAACCGGGUCAUAAAAUUGCAGAGAAUUUUUAUAUGCGUCAGGAUGGAACUAGAACAUAUUAUUUUUCAAUAGAAGAAGUAUCUGAGCUUUUUGAAUCGGUUGGUUUUGAAAUUUCAACGUGCGAAUAUGUACAAAGAAGGACCGUAAAUUUUAAAGAGAAUAUAGAUGUUCCCAGAAUUUUUGUACAAGCAAAGUUGAAGAAAGUUUGAGAGAGAUUGUUAUUACAAAGGGUCAAUGAAUGAUCAUGGAUAAUAAGUCUGGCUACAUUAGCAAUUUAAUACUAAUACUUUUUAUCACUCGAUGGAAGUAUUGUUUAAUCAACAUUUCAUGUAUCUUCACAAAUAAUUAUAAUAAUAAUAAUAAUAUUGUGAGGAAUAAUUAUUAAUUUAAUUUUUCUAUCAAUAUUAAACGUACCGAAGUAAACAUUUAAUAUUUACAUUACGGAUUUAUUCUUGAAAAGAAGAUUAUUUUAUUCUAAGGAUUCAACAUUUUUAUAAAUAUACUAUUAUGAUGUAUUAAAUAUGAUUAAAAUGCA